CGUUCACCUCUACAAAUACCUUCAUCGCUUAUUCUAACCCUAUCCCCCAAAUUUUCUCUUCCUUGCGUUUCGAUCUCCUUUUCUCGUGUGCGUUUCUUUCUCCGUCCCUCUAUCUCUCUUUGCAUGUUGAUUGCUGCAGUCUGAAGGGGUCUCCAUUACUACCAGCGACUGCGAGGAACUUAAUCUGAGAGUCUGAUAACUUCAUAGUCUAUGGAACAAAUGAAUAGCAAUAAAGAUGCUGAAAAUCUUGCAGAAGCGUCAUCCAAAUCACUAUUGUCUGGAAAAAACAAUGUGGAAGCUGAGAAUGCUGGGGAAAUGCCAGAUAAAGCAGAAUCAUCCCAUAAAAGAACCCCCAAGUCACUGAAGGCAAAAUCUAAUAUAAAAAAGAAGUCUUUGGCUAGCAGCUCUUUUAAGGCCACUAAAGCUUUAGGUGAUCGGCGAAGAAACAGGAGGAGGAAGAAUAAGAGUGUAGUACAAGAGAACAAGGAAAGUAACAAAAAUGGGAACAAGAAUGAUCAGAAUCAAAAUUCAAGGGUAGGGAAAUUACAAAAGAAUGGUGCCAAUGAAGAGCACACUGGGAGGGGAAUAGAGACUCAAAAGAGCCAAGCAAGGAUUGCUGGUUCAAGUAGGAGCCAACAUAGCCAAAGGAAUGAUGAGAAGCAAGGUGGUCCUGAUAAGAGCUCAAGGAGUCAAAAGGACAAAGGAAAGCUUGAUGAGGAAAAGAAUAAAGGAGAUGAAAGAAAGAAAGAGAAGCUUGGUGGUUUAAUCUUCAUGUGUAAUGCAAAGACCAAACCAGAUUGUUUUCAUUAUCGAGUCAUGGGUGUGACAGCAAGUAAAAAAGAUGUUGUGCUGGGUGUGAAACCUGGACUUAAGCUUUUCCUGUAUGAUUUUGAUCUCAAACUUAUGUAUGGAAUCUACAAAGCAUCAUCUUCUGGCGGGAUGAAAUUGGAGCCAAAGGCUUUUGGCGGGUCCUUCCCAGUUCAGGUACGGUUUGGUAUUCACAAAGAUUGUUUUCCACUCCCUGAGAGUGUUUUCAAGAAGGCCAUAAAGGACAAUUAUGAUGAAAAGAACAAGUUCAAAAUAGAACUUACUGUUCAACAGGUUAGGAAGCUCAGUGCACUUUUCCGACCUGCUGUAUACCAGUCAGUGCCAUCAGCUGCAGUGCCUUUCCAUUCCCCUUCAAUGGCAACUAUUCGGGAUAGGGAAGCCUAUGAGGGUGUAAGAGAGUCACGGCCCCAUUCAGACAGGGAAACAUUUACCAGAGUCAAUGGUGAUGGUAGAAGUUAUCCUGUUGUCUCUCGUGAAAGGGAUCAGCAUAUUGAGCUCAGGGAGUUGGUAUCAUCGUAUAGAGAGGAAGCUCCACGUGAUUUAUACAUGAGUGAAAAGGAGUAUCGUACAUAUGGUCUUCAGAGAGAGAGAAGAAACAUGACCUCUCCACAUGGUGCGGCUGGUACUCUAGACCCUUACAAGAGGGAUCUGGAAGGAGAGCACCUUCUCAGACAGCCAGCCCCUCUAUACAACAGUGAUACUAUUCCUUUGCAUAGAGAAUCAUUUCUUGCUGAUCCCCAUUACUUGAGCCAGAGAGAGUUACAGACUUACAAUCUUGGUGGUAGAAGUGAAUUGCCACCUGUGGCAGCAUCUAGUUCUGCUGUUCCUGCGUUGGACUCCUAUUCAAGGGAUCCAUCUUAUUCUUACCGAUAUGGUGCUCCAUCUGUAAAUGCAUAUCUGCUGCCUCCAAGGAGGGAGGAAAUUUCAUCAGGUGCCUAUAAUGUUAAUGGUAGGAGGGAGACUUACUUAGCUGAUGCUGAUCAUUUGCGUAGGAGAGAUACUGAUGAAGUGGAUAAUUUGUACUUGAAGUAUGCUGUUGAUCCGCCAUCAGAUUAUAACCAGGCACGCCAAGCAGUCCAACCAGAAAAUUUGUCAAGGCCUGUUUCAUCUCGUUACGCCUUUGCUGGUUCAUCUCUGUCAUAUCGCAUCAAUAAUUAUCAGUCGAUCAUAUUCAUAUCACUUUUGGGAAGUGUGGCAAGGUUUUCCAAGAAAAUCAGAAUUAAGGAUGUAAACGAGAGCAAGGCUAAGCGAGAGAUACAGGGAGAGAUGGGAGGAUGUGUAUCGGGUGAUUUGAAAGGAGGGAAACAAGCCAUCGGAGGGGCCCUACAGAGGCCCACAGAGGCACCCAACGAUUCUGGCCUUAAUGACGCGGUCGAUUUCUUCUAUCGUUCUCGUGGCCUCCAUGCGCUCUAUACCCAAAUUGAGUUGGCGUUAUCAGCUUCGAAGUUACUUGAUCGUGACAUCACAUCAAAGAGUGACCCGAUGGCAGUUGUAUACAUAAAGAAAAAGGAUGGAAAACUUGAGGAGAUCGGUCGCACUGAAGUCAUUUUAAACAACUUAAAUCCUUCUUGGAUUGAAAAGAUUAGACUUGCUUAUCAGUUUGAGAUAGUGCAGCCACUAGCCUUUCACAUCUAUGAUGUAGACACCAAAUAUCACAAUUUACCAGUGAAGUCAUUGAAGUUGGAGGAUCAACAAUUUUUGGGAGAAGCCACUUGUGUUCUGUCUGAGAUAGCGACCAAACAUAAUCAUUCAUUAACCCUGAAUCUCCAUAACAAAAAUGGGCAUGAAGCUUUGAGAAAUUUAGGGACACUUACUAUCCAUGCUGAGGAAAUUGUUGCCUCCAGAACUGCCAUUGAGCUAACAUUUCGUUGUUCCAACCUGGACAACAAAGAUGUAUUUUCUCUAAGUGACCCUUUCUUAAGAAUCUCUAGAAUAGUUGAGACUGGAGGUUCUAUUCCAAUAUGUAAGAGUGAGGUGGUGAACAAUAAUCUAAAUCCACUGUGGAGGCCCCUACAUCUGAGCAUGCAGCAAUUCGGAAGCAAGGAUAAUCCACUGGUUAUUGAGUGUUUUGAUUUUAACAGCAACGGCAAUCAUGUUCUUAUUGGGAAGCUUCAGAAAUCAGUUGCUGAGCUGGAAAAGCUUCAUAGAGAAGGAAGUGGUGCAAAUUUCAUCUCGCCAUCUCAUCGAGGCCAUGAGAAGGUUCUGAAGGGUCAGCUGUUUGUGGAUCGAUUUGUGGAGAGGGAUCAGCACAGUUUUCUGGAUUAUAUAUCAAGUGGCUUUGAGCUAAAUUUUAUGGUGGCUGUUGACUUUACAGCUUCAAAUGGAAAUCCUCAAAAUCCAGAUUCCUUGCACUAUAUUGAUCCUUCGGGCUGUUUGAAUUCUUAUCAGCGGGCUAUAAUGGAAGUGGGGGAGGUCAUACAAUUUUAUGAUUCUGAUAGGCGUUUUCCUGCUUGGGGCUUUGGGGGAAGGACACCUGCUGGUACAAUAUCACAUUGUUUUAACUUGAAUGGAAGUCCUAGUGGCUUUGAGGUUGAGGGCAUUGAAGGCAUCAUGGCUGCUUAUGAAACUGGUCUACGCAAUGUUGCUCUGGCAGGACCCACUUUAUUUGGACAAGUGAUCAACACAGCUGCUCAAGUUGCUGGUCAGUCUCUCUCGGACAAUAACAACAAGUAUUUUGUCUUGCUCAUUAUAACGGAUGGAGUACUCACAGAUCUUCAGGAAACUAAAGAUGCUUUGGUGAAGGCUUCUGAUCUUCCACUAUCAAUUCUUAUAGUUGGAGUAGGAGGUGCAGACUUUACACAAAUGGAGAUCCUUGAUGCUGAUCAUGGAUGUAGACUCGAGAGUUCUACUGGUAGGGUGGCUACACGAGAUAUAGUACAAUUUGUUCCAAUGCGAGAAGUGCACAGUGGACAGCUGUCUGCGGUUCAAGCCCUUUUGGAAGAGCUGCCUGGACAGUUUUUAUCCUAUGUGCGGUCUAGAGAUAUCAAACCAUUUGCUCGCCAUGGAACUUGAAGAUUUGAUUGGGAGCAGGAGGGGGUUUAUUCCGAAGUUCCUUAAAAAAGAAAACUCACUCUCCGAGCAAGGAGGAGGCCGCCCCUACUCGAAAGGGGCAGAGGACAGCUGUGGCUUAGCAAGAAAGAGCGGUCAGAACCUGCAGAAAAAUGAAAUGCUAAAGAAAGAACUAGAGAGAGACCUCUUCUCUUGAAUGCCAUAGUUUUUUUUUGUUUUUUUUUCUUUUCUUAGAUAUAAUAAUUCGUUCGUUAGGAGGCCUUGAAUAGCAGAGAAUACAAGUUUAAAAAGUCCCUAUAGCCUUAAGAAGUAGAAUUGGACAUCACUCCCCUCUCUGUGCCUAUUGUGGCAAUGUAGAGACAAUGAAGCACCUUUUUAUCCUCUGCCUUAAAAGUCUGGUUUGGCGAGAGAUUGGCGAGGUACCCCUCUUGGCUAAACCUGGCGUCAAUUUCCAGGUAUCACUAAUCCCCUAGUCAUCGAGAGCUUGACAUGUCGUGAAGCAAUUUUACUUGCUUGGUGUUCUUUUUGAAGGAGAUUCUUUAUCAGUCAUCGUAGUUGCAAAGGGUUUUAAUACUCCUCUUGCCAUUCGGAACAUCUUUGAUGUUAAUCACUUUUCUGAUUUUCUUCAUGUUAAGGGUAGGGUUGUGCACGGUUCCGAGGAGUUUCAAACGAAAUCAAUAAUUUUGUUGAAUUAAUUGAAAUUAUACCAAACUGAAUUUAUUUUGAUACUUUAGUUUGAUUAUAUUUUUUCACUAAGAACUGAAUCAUAACUGUAUCAAAAUCUAAUUAAGAAUAUAAUUUAUAUAUGUUUUUU